AUGGAAGAAGCCCCAGGUAAAUCCGGGCCAUCAACCCCUGCUUCAUCUCGAAUCCCUCGCAAUACACGAAGAAAGGCAUGCCGAAAAUGUGUAGAAGCCAAAACUGGGUGUGAUCUCGGGAAGCCGAAAUGCAAGCGAUGCAGAGAUCGAGGCACGAGUUGUGAAUAUCCAGCACACGUCAUAUCGAAUAGUGGUGCUAUUGCAGAGAAUCAAUACGCCACUACGGAUGCCAGUCCUCUCAGCACUAUUUCUGAUGCAAUAUCUCUGGGUUCCACAUGGCCAGAGGGUCUGGUUCAAAGCACCGGAAAUGUAUCUCAUACUCCGAGUUACCCUACCAUUACGGAUAGUGGACCAGUUGUUCCAGAUCCCACUAUUGGGCUGGACUUUCAACAACUUGAUCUGGUGCCCAUGAUCGAUGCAGAGGAAAUUCGCGAUCGCUGGUUACGCCCCUACAUCUCAAGCUCGACGGGCCAAAAGCCCAAGCAGUUGAAUGCUCACACCAUACAAUAUCUCACCUGUGUGUUGAAAUCAUAUCUUAGGAAUCUACUCACCUCGACUGCGCCGCCUUUUGUUCAUUCGAUGCAACAGAUGGGGACUUGUCCGCCUGUCUUGGCUUACUGUUUCACCUUGGUUCGGACGUGGUUGACUCGGAUUCCUGGGUGUGAACCCUUGAUGCUGAGGACGAUGCGAGCAGAGAUGAGGAAUAUUGAAAACCAGGUUGCCCUUCAAAGCGAUUUUGAUAGCCUGUGCUCGUUCCAGGCGUAUCUCAUCUACUUUAUGACGAUCCACUUCUUUCCUCGUACAGACACCGUCGAAGAACCCAGCCCCUUCGAUACCCAAGCGCAGAUAAAAAUGCAAGAAAUUGCUUUCCGAUCCGCCAAGGCAGGUCUCAUCUGCAGAGCAGAAGAAUCUCAGACCCGGCCGAACUGGGAGUCAUGGAUAGUCGCCUCUGCCAAGCGUCGUACCCUUUUCACCAUGUAUCUCUUCACGAACGUCUACAAUGCCCAGGUUGGGUUGCCGAACUUUGUUGCUGAAGAGCUGAGAGGGACCAUGGCCCCGGAAAGCAAAAUACUCUGGGAAGCUUCAGACCGCGCCUUUUGGGAAAGAGAAUACAAUCGCCACUUGUCUCGCUGGGAGGAUGGGAUGCUCGAGAUAUCGGAGCUGUGGAGGUCCGCUGAGACUGGAACAGAUGCCCGGCGGGAGAAGAUUGAGCGGUGGCUGCAAACGGCUGAUGAGUUUGGGAUGAUGCUCUUUUCUGUUUGUGCACAUAUACAUGGAUGCUAG